AUGGGUGGUUUCAUGGCUGGGUUAUCGGCCUCCCGCCGCCACCACCAGUGCCAUGCGGCGGUGAUAGACACCGCUAAAGCAGCUCGGGCAUCUCGAAUGUCUCACUCGUCUCGGAGAACACAGGCUUGCCCCCCAGCUGAGUUACGGUAUUGGAUAAGGAUUGAUGCCAUCAUGUCAGUGGUGGGGGAGUUUGGUCGUCUUUCUCUUCCCGCCCCUCCAUCAAUUUCAUCAGGCCUCGUUGGUAUGGUACAAACUCACAAAGUAAAGGAGCAUGCUGUCCUAUGCAUAGGGUCGUCGGACCUCGUCCAUUGGAAUAGAAAUUAUCCGUUUCGCCCAGGUUGCGACUGCGACUGUGGUCUCAUUGCUCCUUUGCUCAUUGGCGGUCCCAGGAUAUCUGCUCCCGCAACUCAUGAAGUCGCUGUUUUGGGAGUCAUGGGGGCGCUUUCAAACCAUGGCAAAAAGAGGACCCUGGACCUGUCCCGCAGGUGGGGCACGAGUUUGAGAUGGGGGAUGGGUUGCGAGAGUCCAGAUGUCGGGAUAAGCUAUCCCGGUGUUUGGAGCAGGGGACGCGGGAUGGAGAGUUGA